UAUAAACUUAGUCACUCCAUUCGGGUAUUAUUAUCUCAAAUUUGAUCACAUUUCUCCAACAAAACCUUCUUCUUCUUCUUCCUCCAUUUCUUACUCACAGAAAGUGUGCAAAUUAUUAGCAUGGAGAAGACAAGUUCAUCAGGGUUGACGAGGACAAAGUCCGAUCAACUAGUGGAGACACUAGCAGCAGCAUUCAAGUCACCGGUGUCGUCGGGCGAGGCUCCCGCCGGAAUGGUGUCGUCGGACGGGGGCGGUGCCACGCUGUCGAGGAAGUCGAGCCGGCGCCUGCUGAUGGCUGCAUCACCUGGUCGCAGUAGUGUGAGUGGGAAAAAUAAUACACACAUCAGAAAGUCUAGAAGUGCACAGCUGAAGUUGGACUUGGAUGAAGUAAGCAGCGGCGCCGCUCUCAGCCGGGCAUCCAGCGCCAGCUUGGGCUUCUCAUUCUCCUUCACCGGCUUCACCGUCCCCGCCGACGAAAUCGCCGACUCCAAACCCUUCAGCGACGAUGAUAUACCUGAGGAUAUUGAAGCAGGAAACCAUAAACCGAAGAUUCAAACAGAACCCACCUUGCCAAUUUAUCUCAAGUUUACAGAUGUUUCGUAUAAGGUGAUAAUCAAAGGAAUAGCUAGUAGUGAAGAGAAGGAAAUUCUGAAUGGGAUAACUGGAUCAGUGAAUCCAGGGGAAGUUUUGGCACUCAUGGGACCUUCAGGAAGUGGAAAGACAACACUCCUGAAUCUGCUGGGUGGCAGGCUGAUGCAGCCGACCAUCAGCGGUUUGAUUACUUACAAUGACCAGCCCUAUUCCAAGUUCCUGAAGAGCAAGAUAGGAUUUGUGACUCAAGAUGAUGUCUUGUUUCCUCACCUCACAGUGAAAGAAACAUUGACAUACGCAGCCCUUCUACGGCUGCCAAAGACACUGACAAAACAGCAGAAAGAAAAACGAGCAAUAGACGUUAUCUAUGAGCUAGGCCUGGAGAGGUGCCAAGACACUAUGAUUGGAGGCUCCUUCGUCCGUGGAGUGUCGGGUGGAGAGAGGAAGAGAGUUUGUAUAGGCAACGAGAUCAUAAUCAACCCUUCUCUUUUGUUUCUCGAUGAACCCACCUCUGGCUUGGAUUCUACAACUGCCUUAAGGAUUGUUAAGAUGUUACAAGACAUUGCAGAGGCUGGGAAAACCGUGGUGACAACAAUCCACCAACCAUCAAGCAGACUGUUCCACAGAUUUGACAAGUUGAUCCUUCUUGGAAAAGGAAGUUUGCUCUAUUUCGGAAAAGCAUCAGAAGCAAUGGUCUAUUUUUCAUCUAUAGGAUGUUCUCCUCUGAUUGCCAUGAACCCAGCAGAGUUCUUGCUAGACCUUGCAAAUGGGAACAUAAAUGAUGUUUCGGUACCAUCAGAAUUGCAGGAUAGAGUCCAAAUGGAGAAUUCAGAUAAUGAAACAAGAAAUGGGAAGCCAUCUCCAGCAGUAGUGCAUGAGUAUCUUGUGGAGGCCUAUGAGACACGAGUUGCAGACCAGGAGAAGAAGAAAAUUAUGGCCCCUAUUCCCCUUGAUGAAGAAAUCAAGUCAAAAGUGUCAUCUCCAAAGCGACAAUGGGGAGCAAGCUGGUGGGAGCAAUAUACAAUAUUGUUCUCCAGAGGAAUUAAAGAACGACGACAUGACUAUUUUAGUUGGUUGAGGAUCACCCAAGUUCUCUCCACUGCAGUCAUCUUGGGAUUACUCUGGUGGCGGUCAGAUAGUAAAAGCCCCAAAGGCCUGCAAGAUCAGGCAGGGCUGCUUUUCUUCAUUGCUGUCUUCUGGGGAUUCUUUCCUGUCUUCACAGCAAUCUUCACAUUUCCUCAAGAAAGGGCCAUGCUGAGUAAGGAACGAGCAGCUGACAUGUACAGACUAAGUGCAUACUUUCUGGCUAGGACUACAAGUGACCUUCCACUUGAUUUGCUACUGCCAAUACUUUUCCUCCUUGUUGUCUACUUCAUGACAGGCUUAAGACUGAGCGCCGGUCCCUUUUUCUUGAGCAUGCUCAUAGUUUUUCUCUGCAUUGUUGCAGCUCAGGGACUUGGACUAGCUAUUGGUGCUACACUAAUGGACUUAAAAAGGGCCACGACUCUGGCUUCAGUAACUGUGAUGACAUUCAUGCUGGCUGGUGGUUACUUUGUUAAGAAGGUUCCAGUUUUCAUAUCUUGGAUACGCUACAUGUCUUUCAACUAUCAUACUUAUAAGCUACUUCUCAAGGUGCAGUACGAACAGAUCACACCCACCGUGAAUGGUAUAAGAAUUGACAGUGGCCUAACAGAAGUUUGUGCCCUAGUAGCAAUGGUUUUUGGCUACCGUCUCUUAGCAUACUUUUCUUUGAGGAGGAUGAAGCUCCAAUCCGGAGCUUAGAGAUAGUACAAUUUUCUAGAGAGCAUAAUUCUGGAUUCUAUAGCUUACACAUCCUACUGCAUACAAGAGCUUAUAUUUGGAAGGCUUCGGUUCCAGGGUUAUAAAAAAAAACUGAUCUAA